AUGGCUACCGCUGGGGAAAACCCCAGCAAACCCAUAAAGUUUGACCCGGACCGGCUGCCACCAAAAUGGCCCACUGACCACCCGCAAACGCUGGAGCAAUACUACGGUAUGCCCAUCCCGGCCGACGUCACCCCAUUUCUCCGCUCCACCUCGCCGGAGCCGGAGCCCUCGCCCGCACGAGAGCCCGAAGCGGCGGCGCCGAAGCCCCGGGGCCCGCGGCAGGGGCCGGUCGACUGGACCGCGGACCCGUACGUGUUCCAGACGCGCGGGGCGGUGUUCCGGACGUCGGCGGCGACGUCGCGGCACACGCGCGAGUUCCGCGAGGAGCAGCGGCGGCGCCGCGCCGGCCGCAACCCCCGGCCCAUGCCGCCCUACGGCUCGUGGACCGGCUACAAGCUGGUCACGGGCUGGACCAGCCGCUCGAUGGCGCCCGCGCCCGGCGACGGCGUGCCGCGCAUGGCCAACAUCGAGCCCAAGUUCGACGAGCGCGUGCGCCGGCUGCGCGAUUCCAAGGCGGAGGGACGGCAGCGGGAACGUGAGGAGCGCGCGGCGAGGGGGGAGGAGGUCGGUCCCGAGGAUGCGGAACAGCGCAGUUUGGAUUGCUUGGCCUUAGACCCUGUGCCGGCGGAUGAUGGUCUGGACCCUGCCGGGAGGCCCAUAGCCUUUGGCCAGAGAGGAGGCGCCGGAGGACAGCAUGUGCCCAAGCCGAACGGAGUUCGUGCCAUUCCCUUAACUAUAUGGGUUUUGUACUGGACUUUCGUCGUCGGCCUGGGUCUCACGCUCUUCGUUGCUAUCAUCCAGGGCCUGACGCCGACAAUGUAG